AGGCGCUGCAGCCGGGGCAGAGGAGAGACGCGCGCGGGGCCCGGGAGUUGCGGGCGGCCAGGCGCUGAGCACGCAGCGCUUCCCAGCUCAGGGCGCUCGGUCCCUCUGGUUCGCUCGCUCGGGGCGCGCCGCCGGGAGAGCGGCAGGAUGAGGCUGUGGCGAGGCGUGGGGCUGGUGCUGGCUGCGCUUCUGCUGAGCGAGGAGCCCGGCGAGGUGUCCGCCGCGGGUUGUUCUGGCUGUGGAAAAUGUGACUGCAGUGGAGUAAAAGGGCAAAAAGGUGAAAGAGGUUUGCCUGGUCUACAAGGUUUAAUUGGGUUUCCUGGAAUGCAAGGACCCGAAGGUCCCCCUGGGCCACCAGGAAUUAAGGGUGAUACUGGAGAACCAGGGCUCCCAGGAACAAAAGGAACAAGGGGCCCACCAGGUGUAUCAGGAUAUCCAGGAAACCCAGGUCUUCCUGGCAUCCCUGGACAAGAUGGCCCACCAGGUCCACCUGGUAUCCCAGGUUGCAAUGGCACAAAGGGUGAAAUAGGUCCUGUUGGUCCUCCAGGUUUACCUGGAUUGGUUGGGUUAAUAGGACCUCCAGGAUCUCCUGGAAUUAAGGGAGACCCAGGUGAAGUGAUUGGGUUUUUACCAUCAAAUGUGCUAAAAGGUGAAAAAGGUUAUCCUGGCCUCCCUGGGCUACCAGGUAUACAAGGAUUGCCAGGGCUCCAAGGCCCCAUCGGGCCACCAGGGAUUUCAGGAGUUCCAGGUCCCCCAGGCCCACGGGGUGAUCCGGGUGAGAAGGGUCAGAUGGGCUUGAGUUUUCAAGGACCAAAAGGUGAUAAGGGUGAACAAGGAGAGCUGGGCACACCAGGACCUGUCCCACAUGACAGCAAGAAAGAGUACAUUCUCAUAAAUGGAAUGACGGGUGAAAAAGGUGAAAAAGGUGAUACAGGGAUUAAAGGAGAUCCAGGCUCAAAUAUCAAAGGGGAAAAAGGUGAACCUGGGAAACCUGGCCCACGAGGAAAACCUGGAAAAGAUGGCGAGCAAGGACCAAAAGGAAACACUGGUGAGGAUGGUGGGUUUGGAGUUCCAGGACUACCAGGUGACCCUGGUCCUAAGGGAGACAAGGGCACACAAGGUCUUCCAGGACUUCCAGGAAGAGUAAUAGGUACACUGGAUACUUAUGGUGAAAAAGGAGACAUUGGUCCUCCAGGUUUUCCAGGAUUAAAAGGUGAACAAGGUGAAAAAGGUUUACCAGGUGUACCAGGAUACCCAGGUCCUCCAGGUUUACCUAGCCCAGGGAUCACAGGUCCACCUGGCUUCCCUGGUGAGAGAGGUGAAAAGGGUGACCAAGGUCCUCCAGGACGCUCUCUGCCUGGAUCAACUGGAAGGGAUGGUUUGCCAGGGCCUCAAGGUUUUCCAGGUCCUCCAGGACCUCCAGGCAUAUCAAGUGAUAAAGGUGAUGGUUGUGCCUUUUGUGAUGUAUCUGGGCUUCCUGGACAUCCAGGGCCACAAGGGCCACCGGGUCCACCAGGCUUUCCAGGACAGCCAGGAGCCAAAGGAGACAGGGGUGUGCCUGGACUCAAAGGUCUUGAAGGGGUUCCUGGUUCUCCAGGUGUGCGAGGACUGAUUGGUAGCCCAGGAGCAAAGGGAGAGCCCGGAGAUAUUUACUUUGAUUCUAAUAUAAAAGGUGAUAAAGGAGAUCCUGGAUUCCCAGGGCAACCAGGUGUUCCUGGAAGAGAAGGAAGGCCAGGGAGAGAUGGCCUGCCAGGUGUCCAGGGCCCUAAAGGGGCAUCGGGUACAAUUGGGCUGAAAGGAGAACGUGGUCCCCCUGGCUCAAGUGGAUUUCCUGGGGUACGUGGUGAAAGAGGCCAGCCUGGUCUUCCAGGGGUAGGACCUGCUGGACCAGCUGGUGACAAAGGAGAUAAAGGCUUUCCAGGAAACCCAGGUGGACCAGGCCGUCCAGGGCCGAAGGGUGAAGCAGGACAAGUCAUUCCUCUGCCUGGUCCCCCAGGGUCAGAUGGUCUCCCAGGGCCACCUGGCUUCUCUGGAAUCCAAGGUGACAGGGGGGAUCCUGGGAUUCCAGGAAAACCUGGACUUCCAGGAGAAAAAGGUGCUAUUGGGCAGCCAGGAAUAGGAUUCCCUGGGCCUCCUGGCCCUAAAGGUUUCCCAGGUCAGCCUGGCACAUCAGGUCAGCCAGGGGCUCAAGGGCGUCCUGGCUUUGAUGGUUUACCAGGCACACCAGGUUUACCUGGUCAAAAAGGUGACCCUGGAGUGGGUCUCCCGGGUCCUAAAGGAUUACCAGGCCCACAGGGCCCAGCUGGCUUCCCUGGAGAAAAAGGAAAUGCUGGUUUGCCUGGCUUACGAGGAGAGCAAGGAUUUCCAGGUGUACCUGGUCAGCCAGGAAUCCGAGGUGACCCAGGUUCAGCUGGAUUACCAGGUUCACAAGGUCCCCCAGGUGUGGCAGGAAUAGGCCCUCCAGGGCCCCCCGGACCUGCAGGAGGACCAGGGCCACAGGGACCAAAAGGAUUUCCUGGAACAAAGGGAGAGAGGGGCUACCCAGGUAUCCCAGGACUAGAUAUGCCAGGACCAAAAGGAGAUAAGGGUAGCUCUGGCCAGAGUGGACUACCAGGUCUGGUAGGUUUACCUGGCGCACCUGGUCCACAAGGAAAAGGUGGACUUCCAGGCUUUCCAGGCAUCAAAGGAGAAAUGGGAGUUAUGGGAACCCCUGGAAUCCCAGGUGCUCCCGGGCCACUAGGAAAUCCAGGAUUACCGGGUGAAAAAGGUACUUCAGGUUUUCCAGGUACGCCAGGGCCACCAGGUGAUACUGGUUUCAAAGGGAGUAAAGGUGAAGUAGGUCUACCAGGAGAACCAGGAACCAUAAGGGAAACGGACAUGGAAAAUAUGAAAGGCCAAAAGGGAGACCCAGGAGAAAAAGGACAAGAAGGACCAAUAGGAGAAAAGGGAAAAACAGGGGAUUAUGGUGUACCAGGAAUGCCAGGGAAGGAUGGUGAACCUGGCUUCCCAGGACUUCCAGGACGAAAAGGUGAUCAAGGCCCUCCAGGAUACCCAGGUGACCCAGGAUUUCCAGGACAAAAAGGGUCAAUUGGAGAAAUGGGUUUGCCAGGAACACCUGGAGAAAAAGGUGUACCAGGUGUGCCAGGCUCACAAGGUAUACCAGGGUACCCUGGAUUACAAGGUGCAAAAGGAGACAAAGGAGAGUCGGGUAUUCCAGGGGUUGGCAUUCCAGGUUCUCCGGGUGAGAAGGGAGAACAAGGAAGGCCAGGUGUUCCAGGCUUCCCUGGUGAAAAAGGUGAAAAGGGUAGUGCAGGAAUUGCAGGAAUGCCUGGUCAUCCAGGUCCCAAAGGAUUACCUGGCAUUGCAGGAUAUCCAGGCAGCCCAGGUAGCCAGGGAGAAAAGGGUGAAAAAGGACUCUCUGGUUUGGAUGGCAUUCCAGGUUUAAAAGGAGAACCAGGUGAGCCUGGUUCUCAAGGUCCCUCUGGUGUCCCUGGACAGAAAGGUGAACAAGGUUAUGAUGGAAUUCCAGGUUCGCCUGGAGCAAAGGGUGAUCCAGGUAUUCCAGGUAGAGGGCUUCCAGGAUUUCCUGGUGCAAAAGGAGAUAAAGGUGCAAAAGGUGAUGUGGGUUUUCCAGGAUCCCCAGGAAGCCCGGGGAUUCCUGGCUCAAAAGGAGAAACAGGAUUUGUUGGUCCACAAGGUCCUCCAGGCCAACAGGGCACUCCCGGAAUACCAGGGAGAUCAAUGGAAGGUCCUAAGGGAAACAGAGGACCCCCAGGUCAACCUGGACUUUCAGGUCUACCAGGUCCAAUGGGACCACCAGGAUCUCCGGGCCUGGAAGGAGCCAAAGGAGAAAAAGGAAACACGGGUUGGCCUGGACCACCUGGAAGACUUGGAAUCAAAGGUGAUCCGGGAUUCCCAGGCAUUCCUGGUAGUGCUGGUUUACCAGGAGAUAUUGGUCAAAAGGGUGAUAUGGGACCUCCAGGAGUUCCCGGGUUUCAAGGUCCAAAAGGAUCUUCUGGCUUCCCAGGUCUCAAGGGAGAACAAGGUGACCAAGGGUUUCCUGGCUCUAAAGGUUUACAAGGUCCACCAGGUCCUCCAGGUCCAUAUCAGCUUCAUAAAGGGGAACCAGGUUUACCUGGACCUGUCGGACCAGUUGGUCCAAAAGGGUUCCCUGGACUUCCAGGUCCAAAAGGACAGCAAGGAGUGACAGGACCUGAGGGUAUACCCGGGCAACCUGGUAAUCCAGGAUUUGAUGGUCAACCUGGUCAGAAAGGAGAACCUGGUCCUUCUGGUCCUCCAGGUCCACGAGGAGCCAGAGGUCCACAAGGCCCUGAGGGUUUACCAGGUGCUAUGGGCCCACCAGGCACACCAUCUGUCGCUCAUGGCUUCCUUGUUACCAGACACAGCCAAACCAUUGAAGAACCAGAAUGUCCAUCUGGAACUAAACUGAUGUACUAUGGCUACUCCUUACUUUACGUACAAGGCAAUGAAAGGGCACAUGGUCAGGAUUUGGGCACAGCAGGGAGCUGUCUUCGUAAAUUUAGCACUAUGCCAUUCUUGUUCUGCAACAUCAAUAAUGUAUGCAACUUUGCAUCAAGGAAUGACUAUUCCUACUGGCUGUCUACUCCUGAACCCAUGCCAAUGAGUAUGGCACCUAUCACUGGUGACAAUAUCAGGCCAUUCAUCAGUAGAUGCUCUGUGUGUGAGGCUCCUGCCAUGGUAAUUGCAGUUCACAGCCAAACAGUUCAAAUACCAUUGUGCCCAGAAGGCUGGAUGUCGCUUUGGAUUGGUUACUCCUUUGUAAUGCAUACCAGCGCUGGUGCUGAGGGUUCCGGACAAGCUCUGGCAUCUCCAGGUUCCUGUCUAGAGGAGUUCCGCAGUGCUCCCUUCAUAGAAUGCCAUGGUCGUGGAACUUGUAACUAUUAUGCAAAUGCUUACAGCUUUUGGCUUGCCACUAUAGAGAGAAAUGAGAUGUUCAAGAAACCUACUCCUUCAACUCUGAAAGCAGGGGACUUGCGCUCAAACGUUAGCCGUUGUCAAGUCUGUAUGAGAAGAACAUAAUGACAUUUGAAUUUCAACUAAUGUCACAAUAUGGUGCUAUUUGUUUAACUGCAAUGAAGCUUAGAUGUAUAUCAUAUGUACCUCAUUGUUGUCCAAUAUGAAAACAGUAAAGUGCCUUAUAGGAACUUGCAUAACUAACACACACUGCUUUACUGGCUCUGUACUUGCUGAAGAAGAAAAGAGACAACAAAGAUAAGCUUCAAAUACCAAAUGGCACUUUUGGUAAAAGAAAUGUUUAUGUAAAUGCAAUGCACUGACAGUAUAAAAAAGCCAGAGUUCAUGCAGAAAAAUUCAAAGGUGCUAGGAAGUAUGUUGUUGUGCCUUACUUUUGACUCCCCUUUCUUGUACUAUAUAUUUAGAUUCAUUUCUCCUACCCAGAUACGUAUGCUAUUACCAUUGUCUAGCUAUCUCAAAAUUCCAGACUCUUAGGUAUGUACUUAUUGUUCCUGUACAAAGUAAUACUAAUAUAAAGAAGAGUUUUGUGAUUACAGAUUAUGUAUCCAUAUUUUCAAAACAUAGGGUGCCAUCUAGCUUGCUUUUCUAUUUGUAGUGCUUACUUCCACCCUAGUCCUAUUGGUUUCAGUGGGACUAUGCUCCAAAGGAAGGGUUUGCCAAACUAGUUUCACAAAUGGGCAAUUAAGUGUUUCUGCUAUGUUUGGUACUAUGCAGCUUCUUCAUGCAGUGGAACAAAUUUUCCUGUGGAAUAAAGAAUGGUCCAAUUGUGGUUAGGAAA